GCCGCUGCAUCCCUUUUCUCUCUCCUACUCCACCCACUCCGACCUCACAGAUCAGCUUUACAAAACGCCUCCUUGAAUUUCAGCAACCCACUUGCCCCAAGUCCUCUGUCUUACAUCUUUCAUUUUUCUUACUUUUCAUAAAAUCUGAAUAGGUUUACUCCCAAGGCCAUACGUUCAAUUGAUGAAUCACUUGAUCAGGUUUCAGGACAUGAGGUCAAGAAUUCAGGGCAAUACCCUUUGGUUUUGAGCACCUGGCCUUUCUUGGAAGCUGUUAGAACUGCGUGGAGGGUCGUCGAUGGUGGGUUCUCUGCCUUAGAUGCAGUUGUGGAGGGUUGUUCGACCUGUGAGGAACUAAGAUGUGAUGGUACAGCUUAUUGCAAAUGUCUCUUGGAAGACCAGAAAUUUUAGCUGAAGAAAUGACUUAACCGACACUGAAGUGUUGGACCUGGUGGAAGUCCAGAUGAGAACGGAGAAACUACAAUUGAUGCUAUGGUUAUGAAUGGGGCAACCAUGGAAGUUGGAGCUGUUGCUGCCAUGAGGUAUGUGACAGAUGGCAUCAGAGCUGCAAGAUUAGUGAUGCAACAUACUGAACACACCAUGCUUGUUGGAGAGAAAGCCUCGUCCUUUGCUAUUUCAAUGGGUCUUCCAGGACCCACAAACCUCAGUUCAACAGAAUCAAUGAGGAAGUGGAUUAAAUGGAAAGAGAAUCGCUGCCAACCUAAUUUUAGGAAAAAUGUUCUACAUAUUGAUAGUUGUGGUCCUUAUCAUCCAAAGGAUAAAGCGGAUCUCGGUGGGAGGACAUACUUGAUGGACAGUCUGGUUGGAACUAUUGUAUCUAAAUCAUCUCAUGCAGGUCUCCACAAUCAUGACACGAUAUCCAUGGCUGUUUUUGAUAAAAUGGGACACAUUGCUGUUGGUACAUCAACUAACGGGGCCACUUUUAAGAUUCCUGGCAGGGUCGGUGAUGGACCUAUUGCUGGAUCUUCUGCAUAUGCCGAUGAUGAAGUUGGAGCAUGUGGUGCAACUGGUGAUGGUGAUAUCAUGAUGCGCUUCCUUCCAUGUUAUCAAGUCGUGGAAAGUAUGAGGUUAGGAUUGGAACCCAAGCUUGCUGCCAAGGAAGCGAUAUCACGAAUUGCAAGAAAAUAUCCAGAAUUUGUGGGAGCUGUUUUUGCGGUUAAUAAGAAUGGUGUGCAUGCCGGUGCAUGUCAUGGAUGGACAUUCCAAUACUCAGUGAGAGGCCCUGGAAUGAAUGAUGUGGAAGUAUUUACUGUUCUCCCCUGAAAUUGAAAAACCCUGCUACUGGUGAAUACUCUCAAUAUGCUUGUUCUUUCCAUUAUCUUUUGCCAAGUCUUCAUUUCUGUUCUAUCACAAACAACUUGUAAUAUGUGAAACAUAAACUCUUACUAGAUUUGGUAUAGGUAUUCUUAGGAAUCCGUCGUUGCUUAUAUUUAUCAACAAAUAAGAUAAAUUUUAAGUUAUUAAAAAGUGACAAAAAGCAAUGCUGGAAGCAGCAAACAUGGAGAAGCAAUAUUAUUGAAUUCUUAUUGUUAUCAAAGGAAAAAAUAGUAAAAAGUUAAAAAGUGUUUGUACUA